AUGUUUACGAGAGCUGUAGCUGCGUUUCGUGCAAGUAGUUCUAUACACCCCGUAUGUCCUACACAUCAGAAAUAUGCCAAGUUAUGUGUGGUCAAAGACACAAUGAAAGAUAACUACGGACGACCCUUCUUCGUAUGUUCUGAGCGAAAGAAUCCCUGCAAGUUCUGGCAAUGGGGAGACGUGUUCGAAGGUCCAAGACCGUUAUGUCAACAUGGAAUGGUGUGCUGUGAACGAAAAGUCAAGAAAGAUGGUCCGAAUCAAAACCGUCUGUUUUUUGCUGCUGUCCGAAGGACGACUCUUGUGGUUUCUUCGAAUGGAAGCAACAAGGCCCUCGGGUGA